AUGUACAUGCCUUUUGUGACGGAACUCGGGAAGCAACUCUACCCACGGAGAGGCGGCGGGGCGAAAGGCGGAAAGUCCGGAUCAUCGGGAAGUUCCGGAUCUAGUGGCAGCGUCGGCAGCCGAGGUGCUUCUGUUCCAGUAACUGGAUCGACAGUGGGCCGGACAAACGCGGUCUCGUACGGGUCGGGGACGACGAGGGUCGUCACCAUCCCCUCAGGCCAGCUCUUUGCAGGGAGGACAUCAGGGGGAGCGACCAGGACGGAUGUGUACGGGAAUCGGUUCUACGGAAGUGGCUACCCUGGAGUGGGCGGGGUUGGCGUCGCUGGACGCAACUUCCCCUUCGUCUACUGGCCACUCAUUUGGGGCGGAGGGUUUGGAUAUGGUGCCGUUUAUUUGCACAAUCGCGAGUACGGCGACCCGAACAACUCCUCGCGCCCGGGCGGGCCUAUGGCCCAGGCCGUCAUCUCCUCCCAGACGCAGAACACGACCUUCCACAUCGUUGCGGACAACAGCACUGUCGCCGCACUCAUCGAAUCGAUCGCUGCAAACUGCACGAUCGCGUCUAAUUCGUCAACAGUCCCAGUGCCGUUUAACGCAGGCCAGACAGACCCACUCCCGGAGCAGGCGAUCGAGUACUACCGCGCAAGUUCCGUCGUGCUCACGCUCGACGGGUACAACAACACCAACGCGCUCACCGCGGCCAACGAGAACGUGUCGGUCGCCGAUCUUCCUAGCAACAUCGACACCACGCUCCUUGCGUGCUUGAACGACACGAUCGGUGAGGCGACACCCUUAUUCGAGGACGCGGGGGUGGGAUUGAGGCCAAGUAUGGGUCUUUUGGGUCUCGUGUACGUCGUCUGGUGUCUUUCGACGUUGUUCUAG